AUGAAGAAUCUGCAUGAAGCUAUUCUUCUGCUUUUAUACUGCUGGACUGGCGGCGUUAGAGGCGUUAACUCAAGGCCCGGACGCAUAGUUAAUGGACAUGAAGCACAUGAGGGCGAAUUUCCCUACCAGAUUUCACUACGCCGCCAGAUGAUUCACAUUUGUGGUGCCUCGGUCCUGGAGGACAGCUGGGCCUUAACAGCCGCCCAUUGCGUCGAAGGGUAUGAGGAGGAACCCAAACUUUUCACCUUACGACUGGGUAGCAUUCAACGUUCCAGCGGUGGCAGUAUCUUGGAAGUCCGGAAUAUCUAUAGACAUCCCAUGUACGAUCCCGAAGACAUGAAUUUCGACCUUGCGUUGUUACGUACUGCCGCCAAUGCAGUUCGCAGCGUUCCCAAUGUGUCACCAAUCCGUCUGCCAGAGGCCUCCGAGCUAGUUCCAGAGAAUACCGAAGCUAUUGUCUCCGGCUGGGGGCAUAUGAGCACUGAUGAGCAGAUUCUCUCACCCGUGCUGAAAUAUACGACUGUGAUGACGGUUAAUCAGGAGAAGUGUCAAGCUGAUUUGAGCGAGCACGGCGGAAUUACUGAUGCAAUGUUCUGUGCAGCUGCACGUAAUACUGAUGCCUGUCAGGGAGAUAGCGGUGGACCUAUUAGUGUUAACGAAACACUCAUUGGCAUUGUGUCUUGGGGCGUGGGUUGUGCAGAUCCAUAUUAUCCGGGAGUUUACACACGUCUUUCUUAUCCGCCCAUCAGGCGUUGGAUACGGUUGAUGACCAAAUUGUAA